GACAAUCAUUGUCAGAAAGGGGAAUUCAAAAAGUGAGUUGAAUUGACGUAUGGGAACUGUCAGAUGCAUUAUGAUAUUUCUGAAAACAAUACAAAUAACAAACACCUUUUUAUAAGGAAGGGGUCAUGUCAUGCAACCUAAUGACCCCUUGUUGAAUCGAAUGUCCAUUGACACAACGAUUCCCUCGAUACGAACCUCCUGAGAAAAGGUACAACGAGUGCGAGUACGAGUACUCGUCGAGCACUUGUACCGGAAAGGGCACGAGUACGUGUUUUGCUGAGUUUAUGCUCUGUUGCCAUCCAUUAUUUCAAUGUGCUUGUUGAUUUGAUUUUGGUAUUUCAAUAGAUUUAAUGGCCAUCAAUCAUUGUUUCAAACCGGACAAAAGAGAUCUUGAGAUCACCGCACUAUUUCUGAAAGAAUUGAAGAAAAUCUGCGAAAAAGAACGUUGAAAAUGGCCUCCGAAGAUGAUAAAGAUAAUAUGACGUCCGCUAGAUUGGAACUUAACCAGCUCCACCCCAAAGCGGUGAUGUGGAUCCCUCGAAUCGUGGGUGUGAUUACACUUGUUUGUGGCGCCUCUAUGAUUUCGAUGGCGUGGAAACGGAGUGACCUGUUGUUUCAUCGAUUGGUGCUAGUCAUGGCGAUCCAUCUAGCGAUCCUGGGAAUAACUCUUAUCAUUGGUGCCGCAGCCAUUCCGGAAAGCUUAAGCAACAGUGACGAGCUGAGCGAAUCGAUUCUCGGAUACCACGGAACGGAGGCCACUUGCACCGCCCAGGGCUUUGUCUUCUAUGUUUGUUUCAUGGCGUCCAUGAUGUACUAUUGUAGUUUUUCCGCCUAUAGCUACCUCGGAGUCCCCCGCAACUUUGUCAGUCAGGGCUUUGAAGUGGCCGGAAAAUACAUCCACGCCUUCGUCAACUUUUUUGCCCUGGUUACGGCGGUGGCGAUCGUUCUCCUGGAUGGAUUCAACAACACAGGGCUCGGUUUUUGCGGCCCCGCCCGCAGCGACAUCAGCACCUACAAGCUCUUUCUCAUGGUGCCGCUGAUGCUGGAAAUUGUGUUUUCUUCGGUGGUCAUGGUUCUGCUCUACGGGAAGGUGAAAAGAAACCAGGCGAUGAUCUUUAUCAAUGCCAGAUCCGUGGCUCGCCAGGCUACCAUCUACCUCGCGGUGCUGUACUGGGUGGUGGUGCCCGUACUUCUUUCGCAGUGCAUCUCCUGGGCGACGAAUGGUGGGCACGGCCGGAGCUUUAUGACUUUUUCGGUGGUCAAUUUCUCGUUGUUUGGCUUGUGGAGCAUGCUAUCUUACUGGUAUUUUUCCGUGGAGAAGAGGCACCAUAAAAAGCGUCGACGCGGAGACGACGACACCACCGACCCCACUAGUACUUUUUUCGCGACGGAAAGGACGCAGAUGGACAGCAUGCGCGGAAGAUCGAGCAAUUGCAUCUUCUCCACCAAAGAAUUCAAUUCGUCACGGGCGAAAGGCGAGUCAGAGGCACCAAACUCUCAAACACGGACACAACGAUUCUCCUUCAACAUAUUCGAUGGAACUAAUGCGAGCGGCAUGUUUGCGAGCUUUGUCUUCUCUGGGGACGAUGAGGACGAAGAAGCCGACAAACUAGAAAGCGACAAAUGGAAGGAUAUACAGGACCACGUUUAAUUGUACAUUGCAGCACAGAACAUAAAUGCGCAAAACACAA